AUGGAUGUAAUAGAUUUAGGAAAAUAAAGUUAAUGGAACAUAGAUUUUAUCAUAUAAGAAGCCUUCAAGCCUUAUUAAUAAAUGAAUACAUCUUCUUACAUUAAAGUAACCUAUCAAUGUAUAAAAUGUAUAAAAAUUUUAAUAAUCAAAUAGUAAAUAUUCCCAUCAAUUUUCUUAUUAAUCCAAACUUCAUCCAAAAAGAGAUCAUAUUAUAAAAAUUUAAUACCCAACCCUAAUUAAAAUUUCUGAACUAAAAUCAACAUGUUAUUCCAUUUUUGGAGAAUUUUUAUUUUGAAAGUUAAGAACACCUUUUCUUUUUAUUUAGUUUAUUUUUGCGAUUCUUAUAUACUGGAAAAAUUAAUUACAGAAUAAAAGAAGAUUAUUUGCCCUUGCUCAAAAUAGCAAUCUAUUUUUAAUGUGAUAUUUUUAUAAAUUGCUUAAUAAUAUAAGUAAAAACUUCAGGGAUAACGAGGAAUUUUUUUUUAAACUUUCUUGUUGAUAUUUUUAGUGAUCAAAGCUAUUUUUAAGUUCUUCUUUCUAAUAAGAAUGAAAAUGCGUUAAAAUUUUUGGAAUAAAUGAUUCUAGCUAAUGGUCCCAUUAUGAUGGGUCAUUUAGAAUGGCAUAAUUAUAAUAAAAAAGAUGCCUAAGAUAAAAUUUAAAUAUGUAUAUUUGUUAUAAUUAUAAAGCAUUUAAGUAAGUUACUGUAAAAUUAUUUGAAGAAAUUGCAAAAAUUUAUACUAAAUUCUAUUAAUAAAAUGUUAUUCAUCUGACUGCAUUUCUAUCAUUUAUGGAUAAGUAUAAAAAUCCUUAGAUAGAAAUAAUGGAAGAUAUUUAUUUAGGAAGGGUAUUUUAAUUUGUAGAUGAAUCGUUUAUUUAAUAAAAUAGUAACUGGCUUACUACUAGAUGCAAAAAUUUAUUAGAGUAAACAUUAAAAAAGAUAGAAAGUCCACCUUAUCAUCUAAUGCAUUCAAAAGCCUGCGAUUUAGUGUAUAAUAAUUUAAUAAAUUUUUUUAGAAAUAAAUCCUUUAGGGCUACUUGUUCACAUCAAAUUUGUCUAAAUUGUUUUUAUCAAUAUUUAAUCUAUCGUUCUAAAUUCAAAUACUACCAUCAAUAUAGUCAAUCAUUCAAUUAAAAUAAUCCAUUAUAAAAUUAAAAUAAAAAAUAAAAAAUAAGAUGUUUUUCAAGAGCUAUUGAUUAAAAUUUAUGUGAUGGCUGUUUUUAAGAUGAAGAUUUCUUAUAAUUGAAAGAAUAUUAAAUUAAUGAUCUUUUAAAUAUUUAUCUUCAAAAACAAAUAUGA